AUGUCCUUGUCACCGUCUGUUAUUAGCAAUCAUCCAUAUCAUGAUACUUCAUCAUCUUGUUCCAGUUUCGAUACUUCUCAAGAAGAAGAAUUUAUUUUAUUAAAUAAUAAAUCUAGUCAAAAUCAAUGUGAUUUUAUAUCAAAUGAUAAAAAUGAUUCUAUCUAUUUAUCACAACGAUCAAGAAAUAAUUUAUCAGCAAAACGAUCACGUGUUAAAAGACGUAUGAAUGAUUUUGUAUUAGAAACUAAAUUAACACAAUUAAAUAAUGAAAAUGAAAUGUUACGCGCUAAAAUUAAUAUGUUAAUAAGAAAAUUUGGUCAUUUAAUUAGUCAAAAAGAUAAACAAUUUGAAUAUGAUAAAUUAACAUCCAAUGAACAGCCAACUGUUUUAAAUAUUCUCGAUCAAUCAUUAACACAAACAAAUCAUUCAAAUAAUAAUGUAUCAUUGACUACUACAACUGAACAAUUAUCUUUAGAAAAAUCUUCAUUACCAAUUAAAUGGCGUUUUAAAUUAUUAAAUAUAACAUCUGAUUCCUAA